CAACGGGAGCAGGCCAGAUGCCCCUUCUCUUCUUCCAGCUCAGAGCUCCACCACCCUCCGCUUGUGAACGGUGAAGAACAAGACAAGGACUGCCUUUUUUGAGAGCCUGGUGUCUGAUCUGCAGAGGUGCUGAGCACUUGAGACUGCCUCUGAGGGCAGUGGGAGCCAGCCUUCAAACUGACUAAGUUCUACAAAGAGGGAAGUGCUCUGCAAAGCACCACUGGACAUGACUGAGUAUGUGAUAAUCCACUCGAACCUGAAAUAUGAUCAGCCUAGAAGGCAAAAACCUGGAGACCAAGUCAGACGGGAGGAAAUGAGAAGUUACUGUGAGAACCUGCUUGAACAGCAGAGCAGCACAACAGCUCAGCUGACAGAUCGCAGAGGGGCUCAGGGCAGCCCAGACCCACGGAGGAACAAUAAAGAUCCUUCAGCUACUCCUCUUAGAUGGAAGCUUGCCACCAUUGUUCUUGGGAUUCUCUGCCUGAUGCUAUUGAUAGCAACAGGAGUUUUGGGUUACAAUGAGGUUCAGCUGGGCAGAGAGCAGGACAGCCUUGUGAAGCAAGUGGAGCAUCUCACCUCUGAGCUGAUGUCCUGCCAAACACCUAUCCUGCCUGUAACUACAAUGGAGAAGCCCAAGGACACAGGGAAGAAGUGUCCAGGGCUGUGGACUGCCCGCCAGGAAAGGUCCUACCUGUUUUCUCCUGAAAAAGGAACUUGGGAGCAGUGUAAUUCCUCCUGCAUUUCUCAAUCUGCCUUGCUGCUCAUGAUAGAGAGUAAAGAAGAGCAGGGCUUCAUAACUGCAAGGUCUUUUGAAUAUGCUGAAGAUCGUGGAAGCAGUGCAUACUACUACCCGUUCUGGAUUGGAUUGUCGUUUGACUCCAAUAAGAGGAUGUGGGUCUGGACAGAUGAUUCAGCUCUCUCCUCUGGCCUGUUUGUGCUCUCAGACCCCAGUCCUCAUAAUUAUGAUGGUGGAGCUUGUGCAUAUUUGCAAGGUGAUAAAGUGAAACCUGGAGGCUGUGGAGAAACUCGUUUCUGCAUUUGUGAGAAGAAGAAGAAAGCACAAGGAAAAAAAAAAACUUGAUUGACCCACCAGACAAACGGCGCGGUAGGGGCUGGUCAAGGAGAUCACUGCACCUGAAAGAGGAGCGUGGAGCUUGGGAAUGGAAAUGGAUCCAACAGCAGAAAUCUCUGGAUACUGUGCUGCUGUUUGCAGGGAGGACAGCAUUAUCCUAAACUUCAUCCUGGGGCAGUGCAACUGCCAAUCUAGGACUGGCUGUGAAGCCACAUAGACAAUGGAAAACCUCACCUCUUCUGUCAUCUUUUCCAGUUCAUGCCUGUGCUAGCUGACAGCAAUCUCUCUCCCCCACAGCCAAGCUGCAUCUGUAAGCAGUGAGGGGACCCUCCUGCCUUCAUUACAUCCUUGUAUCUUCUUUUCUUGAUGCUGAUGGGCUUUCAUGGUAACUUGGCAACCCCUCAGGCAAACAGGAAGUUCCAGGAUCUAACGGUGUGUACAGCUGUGCAGGGCAUCAUAGGCCUAUGGAAAUCAGACACCCUUUAUCUCCCAAUGACUGCUCAUGCCCAGGCACAGUUGCCCCCUGUUGUGUACAAGUCAGCCUCUGGCCCUGCCCAACAGCAGGAGCCCUAAAGUCUGGGGUUUCCACCACUACCCUGGGAAUGAUCCGUGUCCUCUAUCUGCUAUGGAAAUGUCACCUUGGUUCUAAAAAUAAACC